UAGGAGACGUGUUGUUACACGGGGGUGGUGGUUCGUGAGAGGGAGGGAGGGAUUGGAUGCUGACGCAAUCUUUGAUAUAUUUAACAGUCUGCCACAGCGAUUUCGCCCUGUUGAAUAUGGCGGCCAGGCCGCCCCACUAUCUCGACAAGUAUACACUGGGCCACGAAGGGUGCGGCGAAGUCGUCUCGGUCGGACCAAAAGUCACAAAGUUCCAGCCCGGCGAAAUGGUGUCCAUCCUCUCAGUCCCCGGCUGCGGCACCGCGACCUGUCGCGAAUGUUCGGGCGGAGUGCCCCAGAUCUGCUCCACCGGCGAACACUACGGCAUCGGCAACGACGGCUCCUUUGCUCCCUACGUCGCCAUCCGCGAACGCGCCGCCGUCAAGCUUCCCCCGGGCGUCAGCGCCGCGGCCGGGGCGGUGGCGACCGACGCCUGCGUCACGGCCUAUCAGGCCGUCGUGCGGAGGGCCAAGGUCAAGAAAGGGGACACGGUCCUGCUGUACGGGCUCGGCGGGCUGGGCUUCAACGCCUUGCAGAUGAUCCUGCACAUUGGCGCCAGGGUCGUCGUCGUGGACAGGAGGCAAGCUGUGCUUGACGAGGCAGUCCGAUUUGGCGUCAAGACUGAUGAUGUUGUGCCCGUGGGGACGGCCAGUGUGAGCGAAUGGGUGCAGGCCAGAGGUCUGGUGGUGGACUCGGCGAUUGAUUUCGUCGGAGUGCCAGAGACCUUCAAGACGGCCAUCGAGAGCGUCCGCAUGGCCGGCACGGUCGUCCUGGUGGGUUUGCUCCAUGGCGAGUUGACGCUGCCUUCGUUCGUGGCGGUGCGCAAACAACUCGACAUUCUGUGCAGCUACGGCGGCACAGUCGAAGACCUCGUGGCGAGUCUAGACCUGAUCUCGCAAGGCAUCAUCACACCCCAGGUGGAAACGGGGAGCAUGGCCGACUUCCCCCACAUCCUGGAGGAUCUGCACGCCGGGAAAAUCAAGAGCAGGAUCGCUCUCGUUCCGGAAGAUUUGCAAUGAGUUGAGCCUCACCAGAUGCCACGAGGGAGAGGGGAGACGCACCCGUGGCCGGUCUUCCAAGCAAUAGAUAAAGUGCCAGACUGCACAGAGUUCGCCGUUGCAGCCUCACAGUGAUGCCGGUCAGUGGAAUGAUUGUUGACCUUGCCGAAGGGGACGGUGAGAACACAAUUCGAUGCAUGGGCUUGUAAUCGUGGCACCUGACGGGACUGAGCUCGAGUUUUGGGGCCAAUUGUGACUGCACGUUUCAUCGAGAGGACUCCACGCAUAGCUCGGAUCCUGUCACAGCAUUCUCCUCCAGACGACCGCCUCAAUCAUUGGUGGGUGCCAUUUGGACUCGUCAAGGGAAGACCCUUUUCGCAAGAAUGAAGUAGCCAUCGCAUGAAAAGGAGGUGCGCUUGUCUAAGAGCAUA